GUUGGCAUUGGUUGAACUAAAAGCCAUCCAAUAAAUAAAUUGGUUGGGGAAAAAGGAAAAACCCAUACUUAAAUUAGUGUUGGUCUAAUUAAUUAUAGUGUACUAAUUUUAUUUAAGAAUUAAGGAUUAUGAUGAAUAAAUUGAAGGACAAAAGUCCCUAUCUUACCAACUUAACCAUGAAACAUGAAAGGUAUAUGAAUGUUGUGCCUUGUCCACUUAUGAUUACAAAUUUGAUAUGCUUUGGGAAUUGCUUACGUGGCAAGUCAUUAUUGGUUAAUAGAGUUGGCGGGAGUUGGUGAGUGACCCAACCCAACUCUUUCUUACCCUAAAUUUUUUGGUUUUAAGAAGCUCAACAAUAUAGGACUCUUCCUCAUUUCACACAUACCAAAUACCAAAUACCAAACAAUCUCAACAACACAACACAAGACACCUCUCAAAACUUCUCUUCAUCAAGGACCAAACUACUAAAGAAAACAAAGAUGAUCAUAAACGUGAGAGAUUCGACAAUGGUGCGGCCGUCGGAGGAGGUUACACGACGGACUCUGUGGAACUCCAACGUUGAUUUGGUGGUACCAAAUUUCCACACACCAAGUGUUUAUUUCUACAGAUCAAACAAUGGGACUUCCAAUUUCUUUGAUGCCAAGAUAAUGAAGGAAGCUCUAAGCAAGGUGCUUGUCCCGUUCUAUCCAAUGGCUGGCCGUCUUCGUCGUGAUGAAGACGGCCGUGUUGAGAUUGACUGUGAUGGUCAAGGGGUGCUCUUUGUGGAGGCCGACACUGGGGCGGUCAUCGAUGAUUUUGGUGACUUUGCUCCCACACUUGAGCUCCGUCAGCUUAUCCCAGUCGUUGAUUAUUCGCGAGGAAUUGAAUCGUAUCCCCUUCUAGUAUUGCAGGUAACAUAUUUCAAAUGUGGAGGAGUGUCCCUUGGUGUUGGUAUGCAACAUCAUGUAGCAGAUGGAGCUUCUGGUCUUCACUUCAUCAAUACAUGGUCAGACGUAGCUCGUGGCCUAGACGUUUCAAUCCCACCAUUCAUCGACCGGACACUACUUCGUGCCCGCGAUCCACCACGACCUGUUUUUGAUCAUAUUGAAUACAAGCCACCACCAUCCAUGAAGACUACUCAACAGUCUACAAAACCAGGCUCAGAUGGCGCAGCAGUUUCGAUUUUCAAAUUGACUCGCGAACAACUCAGCACGUUGAAAGCUAAGUCCAAAGAAGCAGGAAACACAAUCCACUACAGCUCUUAUGAGAUGUUAGCUGGUCAUGUUUGGAGAAGUGUCUGCAAAGCAAGAUCGUUGCCUGAUGAUCAAGAAACCAAAUUAUAUAUUGCAACUGAUGGACGGGCAAGAUUGCAGCCUCCACCUCCACCGGGCUACUUCGGCAAUGUGAUAUUCACAACAACGCCGAUAGCUAUAGCAGGUGAUCUCAUGUCGAAACCUACAUGGUAUGCUGCGAGUAGAAUUCACAACGCGUUGUCGCGAAUGGACAACGAUUAUUUAAGAUCUGCACUUGAUUUUCUUGAGCUACAACCUGAUUUAAAAGCUCUUGUUCGUGGUGCGCAUACUUUCAAGUGCCCGAAUCUUGGUAUUACUAGUUGGGCUAGGCUUCCGAUUCAUGAUGCUGAUUUUGGUUGGGGAAGGCCUAUUUUCAUGGGACCAGGUGGAAUUGCUUAUGAAGGUUUGUCUUUCAUAAUUCCAAGCUCAACAAAUGAUGGAAGUUUAUCUGUGGCAAUUGCUCUUCAGCAUGAGCAUAUGAAAGUGUUUAAGGAAUUCUUGUAUGAUAUCUGAAGAAACAAUUGGAACAGCACUGUUUCUAAGGUGGUGUUUUGUUUCCUAGUUUUUGGUUUUUCUUUAGGUACAUUUGGUGAACUAUAUGCAAAUGUUAAUGAGACUUGUUUCAGCUUAUCAUAGAGUAAAUCUAUGGUAAGCAUUAUAAUCUGUAAACAAUUUAAUUUCAUGUUGCAGUUUGCACAAGACUUCAAACAUUUGGAAAUUUGUUAUAUGAAAAUGUCUUACUGAUAAUAUUUAUGUAUGAAA